GGAGCUCGGCGCGCGUGCCCGCGUGGCAGCCGGAGGAGGCCUGUGCCCAGCUCCUGUACAGCAGGUCUAGGAAGGUUCCUGAUUGCCAUUUGCAGUGGACACAAUUGAGAAAAAAUCGGAAGAUGGGAGGCAUGAAACACAUCUUUUUCUGCUUCCUCUUCUUUCUUUUCCUAGAAGGAAGCAAAGCAGAGCAAGUAAAACAUUCAGAGACAUAUUGUGUGUUUCAAGACAAGAAGUACAGAGUGGGUGAGAUAUGGCAUCCUUACCUGGAACCCUAUGGGUUGGUUUACUGUGUGAACUGCAUCUGCUCAGAGAACGGGAAUGUGCUUUGCAGCCGAAUCCGAUGUCCAACCCUCCAUUGCCUGUCUCCUGUGCAUAUUCCGCAUGUGUGCUGCCCUCGCUGCACAGAAGACUCCUUACCUUCAACGAACAAUAAAGUGACCAGCAAGUCGUGUGAGUACAAUGGGACCACCUAUCAACAUGGUGAGCUGUUCAUGGCUGAAGGGCUUUUUCAGAACCGGCAACCCAAUCAGUGUACCCAAUGCAGCUGUUCGGAGGGAAAUGUCUAUUGUGGUCUCAAGACCUGCCCCAAAUUAACCUGUGCAUUCCCAGUCUCUGUUCCGGAUUCCUGCUGCAGGGUAUGCAGAGGGGAAGGAGAAUUGUCAUGGGAGCAUUCUGAUGCUGAUAUCUUCCGGCAACCUGCCAACAGAGAAGCAAGACACUCUUACCACCGGUCUCACUAUGAUCCUCCACCAAGCAGACAGGCAGGAAGUCUGCCCCGUUUUCCUGGGACCCGAAGUCACAGGGGAGCUCUGAUGGAUUCCCAGCAAGCAUCAGGGACCAUCGUACAGAUUGUCAUCAAUAACAGACACAAGCAUGGCCAAGUGUGUGUUUCCAACGGAAAGACCUAUUCCCAUGGCGAGUCCUGGCAUCCAAACCUCCGGGCAUUUGGCAUUGUUGAGUGUGUGCUGUGCACUUGUAAUGUCACCAAGCAGGAGUGUAAGAAAAUCCACUGCCCCAGUCGAUACCCCUGCAAGUAUCCUCAAAAAAUAGAUGGAAAAUGCUGCAAGGUGUGUCCAGGUAAAAAGUCAAAAGAAGAACUUCCAAGCCCAAGCUUUGACAGCAAGGGCUAUUUCUGUGGAGAAGAAACGAUGCCAGUGUAUGAAUCUGUGUUUAUGGAAGAUGGGGAGACCACCAGAAAAAUAGCACUGGAGACUGAGAGACCACCUCAGGUUGAGGUCCAUGUUUGGACCAUUCGAAAAGGCAUCCUCCAGCACUUCCAUAUUGAGAAGAUCUCCAAGAGGAUGUUUGAGGAGCUCCAUCACUUCAAGCUGGUGACCAGGACAACCUUGAGCCAGUGGAAGAUAUUCACUGAAGGUGAAGCUCAGAUCAGCCAGAUGUGUUCACGUCGUGUGUGCAGAACAGAACUUGAAGAUUUGGUCAAAGUUUUGUUCCUGGAGAAGUCUGAAAAGGGCCACUGUUAGAGGCGACAGCCAGAACACUCAAGCUGCAGCUGGACUGCAGGCUUAUUUUGCUUAAGUCAACAGUGUUCUAAAAUCUCCAACUCAAUAGCAGUCACUUAUUCAUGCCAUACACAGCAUCACUUGCUCCUUUAUGUGGGGGGUGUGGGGUGUGCGUCAGGCCUUAAGUGUUUCCUCUGAAUAGACUAGAAGACUCUGGAAGUUUUUGUGGGAGGAAGAGCCGGGCUGUGGCUCUAGUCUCUUAGAGAAGCACAUUAUUUCUGUACAGGUUAAAGAGCAAACAGAACCCUGGGGUCGUAAUCUAGAUUGAAAAAGAGAGAAAGAAAAUUGCUUGAGUAGGAAUUUGGGAGUCCAAAAUAAUUAUUUGCAUGAAAUUAUACUUUUGGAAUUUUAGAACGUCUUGGGUUUAAAGAAGAGUGCCACCACCACCACACCGCUUCCUAACACAUGCACACACACACACACACAUGUACAUACAGUAAACUACCCUUCGGAGGCAAGGACAGCCGAGGUUCUGUCUCCUUUCCUUUGCCCAGAUCCCAAUUAGCUUGGAAGUCGUGGACACCCAAGAAAAUAUGAACGGAAGGUUCUGUCUUUUGGGUUUUUGGUGCGGUUGCUGAUAUUACCAACCAUGAUGGCAGGAAGAAGACCAAUUUAGAGUCAGCUUUAGGGUGAAGUAGUGUAUCACCUUUCCCUGAUGACGCUUUCCCUCUUCCCCACUACCCCUGGGGGGACUGCAUAAAAAAGGUAGACUUGGAUUUUGAGUCCAUAUAAGAUUAAAUAGUUACUGAAGAAAGGCAUGAAUACAUGUCAGUGAGACUGUCACUUAUUUCCCAACUGACCAAUGAAUAAUAGCUCAGUAGUAACUAAUAUUUCCCAAGGCCAGAGUUUUAUGGCUAGAAAAUUUUGUUUAAAUAAUUAAAUUCUAAAAAUUCCAUAAAGGGACAGUUUUCUUUCUGUAAGUAGAAGGGUAGCUUCCACCCCACCCCCACCCCCCAGCCUCUGCCAAGUGGCUCCCUUCUCGUGGGCUUCCGUGUGUGGGAUCAUAACUUGAGAGAGUUAUUUGUUGGAGGCGCUAGCAAUUGAAGUAGGGAUUGUUACUCUAAACCUUCCUAUCACCCACUCUUAAAUGACCAGGCCUGAAUUUGAACCAAGGAUCUUAGAGAAGGUGACCCCUAAAAUGUCUAUUUGGAGUGCAAUACCAGAAUAGAAUGUAUCCACUCUGAAAUCUGCCUUGAGGUAUCACUUCUGUGAGAAAGCCGCACAUGCUCCACAGUCAGGAUCGCAAGGAUGCUCUCUAGAUCUGUUGCCUCAGAAGGGAAUGAAUGAGGGCUUGGACAGAAGUGCUAAGGACCUCAGAAUUCCAUAUUCCCUCACCUGUGACCAUAAGUUAAAAGACCUUUUUCUUAGAGUAUUUACACCACUAGGAAAACUCAUAAAAGACCUAAUCUUUUUGACAAGCUGGGAAUAAAAGGGAGCCUGUCUUUAUAAAGAAACACAAGAGCCUUGUGGCCAGGGCUUCAUGAGAUCAAGCCUCUCCCCAGCCCCUCCCAUGCACUUCAGAAGAAGGGGAUAGAUCAUCUUAGUUGAAAGGCCAGAGAACAUUAUUUGGGGGAGGGGGAGGCAUAUUAAACAGCUGGUGCCACCUUACCCAGAGGUGGCAGUCUCUCCAUGGUACUGACUAGUAACCAGGUUGUGAAUUAAAGCAGUGAUUCAGCUUCAGGCGGAAUCAAGAGGACCUCAAAGUCCUCCCACCCUAGUGUUUUCGAAAAGCUCAAACUUAAGGGGACACCCAGUAAGCUAGACUGUUGCCUCCAGGUCCUAGGACACACCUUUCCAAAGUGCUGCUGGAAGCAGGAGCUUCCCCUUCCUCUCCUGCCCCCAGUGUUUUGUGUUGGGUAGGGAGUAGGAGAGAAGCAACAGAGGCCAUGCCACCUUUUGUUAGUAGAGAAGAAUGGAUGUGGUUCUUCUGUAUUUAUUUGUAUCAUAAGCAUCACUUAGCAGCUGUAGCCAUUUUAGAGUUACCUUCUAUAAGCAAGUUAAGAAUAACAUAACAGGAUUGCCAUUUCACUCUUCCCACAGGACAAGUGCCUACCUAGGGUACUUAUUUAUGUAGUCAUUAUAUUACUGGAUUUUUAAAUUAAUAAACUUAAAGUUAAUUUGAAAGAUCA